UGACCUCCUGGUCACAUGGCAGCAACUUUACCAGUUACUCCAAGGCUCAUUUGGGGAAAAGUUAAAGUUUAUAUAAAAAACACAUAUCAUAUCCUUAUUGAUCUGGCGUAUGCAUUUGGUUUAAAUAAAUCUUUGUGCAGGAUAGCAGUCCGUAUGCGAAGAUCUUAAGAUACCUCACCCACAUUAAUAGUUGUAUGGAGUAGAAGAACAAGGGGAAACGGUAUUGAGUUCAUUGAUCAACAACAGCUAGCCAGGGAGAAUGAAUUCAGUAACAGUAUCGGCGUCAGCAUCCAUUUCACUUUCACUUAGCAUCUUGCCUCCUACUAGAAAAGUGUGGACUCAAUUUCCCCCGGGAAAAUGCAAAACCCUAAAAAUGUGGAAUUUUGACUGCAAGUGCAGGGCGCUGGGAGAAGGCUCUCAGUCACAGUCCCAGACGACCCAACCUACAAUUUAUCAAGGCGUUUAUGGCCCUUGGACAAUCGAAGACUCCGAUAUUCGAGAGGUAAUUUUGUAUAGAUCAGGAUUAGUAACUGCAGCUGCAUCAUUCGUUCUUGCAUCUUCUACGGCUUUGCUUCCCAAUGAUUCAGUUAUGAGCAACUUGAUUGAGAAAAACCUUGAUUUAUUUUAUGCAAUUGGAUCAUGUGGACUCGGCCUGUCAUUAUUUCUUAUUCACAUUUAUGUGACUGAAAUUAAACGUACUCUUCAAGCUUUAUGGUUCCUGGGUGCUCUCGGAUCAUUGGCAGCAUAUUUUACCCUUGCUCAACCAGCUGGCACGAAUCUAGUUCAAUAUGUUAUCGAGAAUCCAAUAGCUGUUUGGUUUGUCGGGCCACUAUUUGCAGCAUUGACAGGGCUUGUGUUCAAGGAAGGACUUUGCUAUGGAAAGUUGGAAGCUGGUAUUCUGACAUUUGUCAUCCCUUCCCUCCUACUUGGGCACCUGACUGGUUUUAUGGAUGAUGGAGUAAAGAUUACCCUAUUGAGCACAUGGUUGGCACUGUUUGUGGUCUUUGCUGGGAGGAAGUUCACUCAGCCUAUCAAGGAUGAUAUAGGAGACAAAUCAGUAUUCAUAUUCAACGAGCUGCCAGAGGAAGAAAAAGCUAGUCUGAUUGAGAGACUUGAGCAGCAACAGUACACUAAAAAAGAGCCUUGAUUAGGAUGUUACACUUCCCUUAUCCUUCACUCACAAUAUUACUUGUAUAGUUGUCCACUUGUCAUUCAGCUGAACUAUUAUCCUAAGUCCCUGAUGCAGAAAGUAGUAGCUCAAAGGAAGGAAAAUAAAGUGUAUCAACUAUGUAUCAAAGAGUGAUGAACCUAAAGCCAUCGGCCCUCUCCUUACAGUCAAGUGGCUUUCAGCUCCUUUCCUUUACUACUAGGAAAGUAAGCAACUUCUAUUAGCGUUGGACCUUGAGUCAAAUUGAUCGUAUCGUCUUCAAGAGGCCCCUUUCACAGCUAUUCAGGAGUUGCAAAGCCAAAUAUCAUGACCACUAGGAGUGUUAAUUUAGAAGCCAGUAGCAUUAGUAGCUCUACAGAUGGGAGGUCAAAAUAGUCUCAUUUGUUAAGUUUGUAAGUGUGAAGAAGAAAGAAGUGUAUUUGGAUUUAAAUACAAGUCAUCCUACCUUUUGUAUAUAUAUGUUAUUGUAGAGGAAA